AUGUCGGUCGUCUCUCUUCUCGGGGUUAAAAUCCUCAACAACCCUGCCACUUUCACGGCAAGCUAUCAAUUUGAAAUUACCUUCGAGUGUCUUGAACAACUUCAAAAAGAUCUCGAGUGGAAGUUGACUUACGUUGGAUCUGCGACUUCUUCCGAGUAUGACCAAGAACUCGACUCCCUCCUCGUCGGCCCUAUCCCUGUUGGAGUGAACAAAUUCAUUUUCGAGGCCGACGCGCCCGAUUUGAAGCGCAUUCCUCCCUCCGAGAUCCUAGGUGUCACUGUCAUCCUUCUUACUUGUAGCUAUGAUGGCCGCGAGUUCGUCCGUGUCGGUUACUACGUGAAUAACGAGUAUGACUCUGAAGAGCUCAUCGCCGAUCCCCCCGCCAAGCCCGCUAUUGAUCGUAUUCGCCGCAAUGUCCUUGCUGAGAAGCCCCGUGUGACUCGCUUUGCCAUCAAGUGGGAUUCUGAGGAGUCUGCUCCCGCGGAGUACCCGCCUGACCAGCCCGAGGCUGACAACCUUGACGACGACAGCAAUGCCUACGGUCACGAGGAGGCUGAGCUGGAAGCUGCCCUCGUCAAGGAGCUCGAGGAAUCCAGCAAGCCCGCUGAGGGUGAUGAUCACGAGAUGGAGGGCGCCGAGGCAACUGGGGGCAAGGAGGACGAUGAUGAAGAUGAUCUCUCUGAUGCCGGUAGCGAGGACCUCGAGGAGGAGAGUGAAGAUGACGAUGAUGACCUUGACGAGGAUGAAGGCGGUGACGGCGAUGAGGAUGUGGAGAUGGGUGACGACUCUGAGCAAAAGGAUGAAUCCAAGCCUGCCCACCCUGCUCAAUCCGAGGUCAUGGUGCACUAA